AGUUUUCACAUUUGAAUCCAGAAGGCUUUUGAACAAAACACUGACGUUGAACUUUGUCAUCUCUGUGCACAUUGACUCAAUGAUUCUCACACUGACAAAUGCUCUUCACACCUUCUGCUGUGUUCCGUAUGUGUGUGCGCUCUUGUUUUUUUACUUUGUGAAAGCUGACUCAGAAGCUUCUUAACCUCGGAAAGUGUUGUGUGAGGUCCAGACUAAUGUUAGCCGACAUGUGUAUUUGUUUUUGAGUGAUGUUGACUGUUCUUCAGGUACGUGAAGCUAUGGCCUCUCAAUAUUUCCCAGCACGCUCUGUGCUUUUCCAAAAGGAGUCCAGUGGAGUGACGUAUCGUAUUCCAGCUUUGAUCUACCUGCCUCGCUGCCGAUGUUUUCUGGCCUUCUGCGAAGAGCGACUGACUCCUGCAGACAAUCAAGCGCAUCUGCUGGCCAUGCGCAAAGGAACCUUUCACAAAAGCUACGUGGAGUGGAAGGACAUGCAGGUGUUGAGCACAGCUCGACUGCCUGGCCACCGUUCAAUGAACCCUUGUCCUGUUUAUGAUGACUUUACCGGCACCGUCUUUCUGUUUUUCAUUGCUGUUCUGGGUCACACCUCCGAGUCUUACCAGUUAACAACAGGGAAGAACGUGACCCGUCUCUGCUUUGUGUCCAGCAGUGAUCAGGGAGACACCUGGAGCUCAGUCACAGACCUUACCAAGACGGUCAUAGGGGACACCAUCAAAGAGUGGGCCACUUUUGCUGUGGGUCCAGGUCACGGGACGCAGUUAAAAUCUGGACGGCUCAUAAUCCCUGCCUACGCGUACCAUAUUGACUGCAGAAACUGCUUUGGCAAGAAGUGCAAAACCUCGGCACACUCCUUCUGUUUUUACAGCGACACACAUGGAAAGGUUUGGCAUUAUGGGAAGGCGUUGGUGGCUCCAGAGAGCGUGGAAUGUCAAAUGGUGUCUAUAGAUGAAGAAGAUGGAGUCAGUGUUCUGUACUGCAAUGCUCGGAGCUCGUCGGGUUGCCGGGUACAGGCCAUUAGCUUUAACAAGGGUGCUGUUUUUGACGAUGGCCAGCUGGUGCAGAAACUAGUGGAGCCCAGGAAUGGAUGUCAGGGCAGCGUGAUUGGGUUUCCAGCUCCCUUCUCUCCGCUUAGGCAAUCCCAACAUUUACUGGAACAGCCGACAUCCCUGGGACUCCAGAGGUGGUCUCCAGAGAACUUCCUCGCAGCAACGUGGGUGAUAUAUACACACCCGACUUGGUCAAAUGCCCGGCGUGACCUAGGCGUUUACCUCAGCCUUCUGCCACGGGACCCGGACAGCUGGUUAGGACCCUGGGUCAUAUACGACGGGCCCAGCGCCUACUCGGACCUGGCGUAUGUUGAUCUGAUGUCUGCCGAUGCCCCAGCGGUCACAGUCUUUGCUUGCCUUUUUGAGAAUGGCACAAGAACAGCUUACGAAGAGAUCUCCUUCUGCAUGUUCACACUUUACGAGCUGAUCAACCACCUUCCCCGCAAUGAGCACAAAACAAGAGGCCUCAUGAAAAGGAAGAGAAUUUGGGAGCGAUGCUCCGUCUCCUGACUGUAAGAAAAUAAAUGUUAUUUUCCUGACUAUACAUUUUCUUUAUUUCUAGACAUAAACUUCCUCUCAUAUGAUAUUAGUAAAAGCACUCCUGUUAGGCCUGAUGUCAUUUUGUAACACAACUUUGCUCCAUCAGCUGCUCUUUGAAAUGUUGAUCUCCUGGUGUGUCUUAAUAUGUAAAUGAACAAAGGACAGUACAUUUUUUUGCCAGCGCCAUUUCAUUUUAGCCAUAAUUCUUGCAUAUAAAUCAAUAGAGAGAGAGCACCAGAGAGGAAGAGGAAACUGAAUGGUUUCAUCACGUCUUCUGGUCUUUCACACUUCUUUCACACUUUCAAGUGUUUUUGCUCUGCAUGUAAGUGCUGAUAAACGCUAAGCGUUCUGUGCAACCUGUUUGAAAUAGUUUUAUUGCUGUGAAUAGUAGUUGCAGAGAGGUAUAUGAUCUGCAAAGACACUGUGUUUUUACAAAUAAACUUCAAGCAACAGACUGGUUAAGAAAUGGUUUGAAAGAAAACAAACGAGUGCUCUCAUUGCACUUUGAUGUGAUAUACGCCAGCUGGUCUGCGCAGCGCUGCAUGAUGUCACAUGUACAUGCCUAAAGACAACUGCUAGAUUAUAGAGUUUCUCUUUUUGUGAAACAUAAAUACCUAUACAAUUCUGCAUACAACGUAAUCUGUACUUUUCAUUGCACAUUAUUAGGACGGUUGAGUUUGCAUGAACCACUUAUUUGUCAAGCCUUAAUUGAAAUAUAUUUUCAA